GCUGGUUGAACGCUUCUGCGGGUCGAAUGUGUGGUGAUUUUGACACAGCGGGCUCUCCCAUACGGUACCGUUCUGUGUUGCGAGGACUUCCAGCCCAAAAGACGGGUCUCGACCCGAAAUAGCGACUGUCCAACACCACCCCACCCACUGAGUUGUGCGUUGCUCCGGGUUACAGUAUCCACAGUCACUCAUGUCUCCCCACCUUGAUCUGAGGAAAUCCAAAACUAAAAGGAGAUGGCACUCAAAUCUGUUCUAUCACCAGAAGAUCCUGAUGCUCCUGUGCAGUAACAUCAUGGUGUUAUGCAGUGUUGUACCUGGUGAAGUGCUGUAAGCCAAAGGCUUUUCCUGAUGUCGUGGUUAAUGAUAGGACUCCUGACACUUCUACUGAAGGUCCCCACGUUCCUUUCCAACACCCACUCGGAGGAUGUGGCUCUCCAACAUCGGCUGCGGCAUCUGGAGACUGCAGCUCAGAGAAAGAACCUUUUAACCCUCUUGGGUACCAACGCCACUCGUAAGGUUCCACAGGCAAUUAUCAUCGGCGUUCGGAAAGGGGGAACAAGAGCUCUCUUGGAAAUGAUAAACCUUCAUCCUGAUGUUGUGGUGGCCAAGGUAGAGGUCCACUUCUUUGACUGGGAUGAAAACUACCAGAAGGGCCUUGAGUGGUACCGUGAGCAGAUGCCGGUGUCUCUGCCCCACCAGCUUACCCUGGAGAAGACCCCCGGUUACUUCACCGCGUGGAAGGCCGCCGAGAGAAUCUACAACAUGAGCAACUCCACCAGGCUGCUGCUCAUCAUUCGAGACCCGGCAGAGCGCGUCAUCUCCGACUACACGCAGGUGUUGUACAACAGGAGGGAGCGUCAGAAGAGAUGCCAGCCUGUCGAAGAACUUCUGGUGCAGAAUGGGAAGUUAAAUGCCAAGUACAAGGCCAUCCAGCGCAGUGUGUAUGACGUCCACAUGGCAAUCUGGCUGAGACUGUUCUCACGGCACCAGAUCCACCUGGUGGAUGGAGACGCUUUGAUCAAGAAUCCACUGUCCCAGCUGCAGGAAGUGGAGAGGUUCCUCCAGCUUCCUCCCCGAAUCAAAGCCUCCAACUUCUAUUUCAACCAGACAAAAGGUUUCUACUGCAUGCGUGCUGCAGGACGCGAGAGGUGCCUGGACCAGUCCAAAGGGCGGCCCCAUCCUCCAGUGAAUCGAACAGUCCUGCUGCAACUCUGCGAUUAUUUCAAGGAACACAAUGAGAAUUUCUUCAGAAUGGUGGGGAGGACAUUUAACUGGUGCUGAAGAAUCCCAAAGGAACUCACUUCUAAUCCAGUGAUAGUACCACUGCAGUCAGUUUUUGCACUUACUAGCUAUGCCUGAGAAAUGGGACGCAACACAGAGACCCCAGAAGACCAUGACAUUGCAUCACAAAGCAUCUUCCUUCAACAGUUUUGGAUUCCUUGUCUAAGAAAAAAUGUGCAGGCAUUGGGGACGGUCCAGAGGAGGUUCACAGGAAUGACUCCGGGAAUGAAAGGGUUAACAUAUGAGCAACGUUUGGUGUCUCUGGGCCUGUACUAGAAAGAAUGGGGAUGCUGGGAAGGUGGGGGGGGGGGGGGGGGGAGGGGUGAGGAGGAGUGUGGCAGGAAUCUCAUUAAAAUAAGAGCUAGAUAGAGUGGACAUGGAGAGGAUGUUUCCUAUAAUAGGUGGGUCUAGGACCAGAGGGCACAGUCUCAGAAUAGAAGGAUGUCCCUUUAGAACAGAGAUGAUGAGGAAUUUCUUUAGCUGGAGGUUAGUGACUCUGGCUUUGAUCGCCAUAGAUGGCUGUGGAGGCCAAGUCACUGGGCGUAUUUAAAGCAGUGGUUGAUAAUUUCUUGAUUAGUAAGGGUGUCAUAGGUUACAGGAAGAAGUCAGGAGAACAGGAUUUUUUCUUACUGCCCAUUACACCGCUGGUCCUCCAUCUCUAUUUAGAAGGAUUCUUCAUUGCUGUUUCUGUAACAAUUGUUUUUUGACCAGUCAAGGUUGUUAGCCCUAAGAUGAACCCCCCCCCCCCCACCACAAGGCCCUGAUUCUAGCCAACAUUGCUCUGUAGGUCAUUGAGGCAGACAAGCCUCCAAAGCCUAAGGCAAGGUUGUGGUACUCUUGGAGGAGGAUGAUGGGGUUGAGAGGGAGAAAUCAGCCAUGGUGGGAUGGCAGAGCAGACUUGAUGGGCCAAAUGGCCUAAUUCUUCUCCUAUGUUUUAUGGACUUAUGGUCUUACAUCAGAGCCUAGAUAUUGUGCACUAUUGAUUACAGACUUCUAUCAGUGAUACCCUGCGUCUGAUCUUUACACACUUUCUAUGAAAACUAGCAAAUUUUAUAGAUUAUAAGUAACAAAACAUUUCUUAUAAAGGGGGGGAGGGAAACAGUUCCAUUGACUUAAAGAAAACUACUUAGUAAAAUGUAAUAAUCUAAUCAUCUUGAAUAUUUUGUUUGUUAAUUUGAUUGUGGUGGUGUGGCUGUUAUUGUAAUUAUGUUGGGACAUCACUUGAGUUACUCCAUCUACUGUACUUACAGCUCAAUAAAAGCUGUACCUGUGUUAUCAUGAAGACUGUGAACUCAUUAAAAAAUUUCAGAGUAAAUUUAUUAUCAAAGUACUGAUUC